AUGGCAACCCUGCCGGUGCUGAAGACAGUUGUCGGUCCAGACGGAGGUAUCUCCACGCAGGCCGAAGAGCCAACAUCACUUAUGGUGUCUACCGGCGUGGCCAUGGCUGGGGGGGCUGCUGCUGGUGGUGGCCUGGCCUUUCUCCUUUGUACUUCCAAGUGCCCGGGAGGUGUCAAAGGUGCACUCUCCGGCAUGAUCGGAGCCAUGAAUCCUUUCAGCAUGCUCAUGAAGAAGGAUGAGAAAGAUGCACUGGAGGAGGAAGAAGAGGAAGACAGUAUGAAGAAGAUGGAGAAGCAGGUGGAUACCAUCGAGAAAGAGUUGUGCAAUAUGAACUGCAAGAUGGCAGGCUUGCUUGGAGGUGCCGCAGGCGCCGCUGCAGGCAACGUGGUGGCCAAGCAAGUGAACAAGCAAGAAGCCGAGGGCGGCGGUCUCCUCGGAGGAGGAGGGGGAGGUGGCUUCAAGCUUCAGAUGCUAGACGAGUGGAACGCUCCACAGUUCUUCGUUUUGACGAAGCAGAUCGACAACUUGCAGAGAGAUCUCCGGAGUUUGGAGCCUCUGAGCUGCGAGGCGCGCAAAGGCCGCGCAAAGUCAGCAAACAGAAACGAGAAGAUCGCACGCGAAAUUCGACUUCUUCUAAUGCCUCUCUGCUAUUUGGUGCUGGGCUUUCUGAGCUUGGUCGGCAGUUUGGGCGUUCGGCCAGUUCCCGAAGGCAUCAAUGUGGAGCUAGGUCCCAAGCUGGACCCUCACGAAGCCUACAGUACGCUGGCGCCUGGGUCCAAGCGAUGGGCCCGAACUCGUUCUACGACCCCGCAGCGGCCGGGUCUGGAGGGCUGGCGCCGCGCUGCAGCUCAAGCGGUCGAGGAUCGCGCUGGACGGCAGCGGAAGCAGGUGAACCUCUCCCUUGCUUCCUUGUCCACAGAGGCUGUGGACCGAAUGGCCAGUGAUGCUGACUCGGACAGAAGGCCUUCGCCUUCACCGCUGCCACGCUCGGAGACUUCGGAGUACGGGCUGCCGCAGCGUGAGCUUUCCGUCUACGAGCAGGCAUGCAUCUCCAGGAAGCUUCUGCCGAAGUUUGUCAGCCGCAUCCAGGAUGCCGUGUCGGGAGAUGUAUUCGACUUGCGUGGCGCGGGGCUUGGAGAUGAUCAGCUGCUGGCAGUGUUUGCGGACAGCAACCUAUGCCCCGCGACUCAAAUCCGGCGUUGGCGGCUGCACGAUGUCCGCAUGCGCGACAGGGGAGUCAAGCGACUCUCUGAGCUGUUGGACGAGGAGGUCGAAGCGAUCGACUUGGCAAACAAUGAGCUGGGACAUGUAGGCAUGGGUCACCUGGCUCGAGCCCUGUGCCACCGCUCCCUGGCGCAGCUGCGGCGUUUGGAUCUCUCGGCGAAUGCGCUGAGCGACGAGGCGGCCUGCCGCCUGGCACAAGGACUUCAGCAUUGCCCUCGACUUCUGCGACUGGAUUUACGAAAUAACGCGAUCCAGGAUGGACAUGCCCUGGGUGAACUCAUCGCCGGUCACGGCAAUAUGACAAGGCUCUCGUUGAGAAGGAACCGUCUCGCAGGUUUUGGCAUGGCAGCCCUUUUCAACGGGAUCUUGGAGAAUGCUCACCGAGGCGGGCAGCUGGCAGAUGUCGACGUCGCCUGGAACCCACUUGCUCAAGAUGGACCUCUUGCCGCGAAAGCCAUCGCCACUGUCUUUCGGGAGUCCGCGACUUUGUAUCAUUGCGAUCUCAGCUACUGCUGCCUGGACUCUGCCAGCUGCGCGCUCCUCGGAGAGGGGCUACGUGACAACCAUUCCCUGUAUGGCUUGCAUGUCGUUGGAAAUGCAGCAACCAUGGAUGCAGACGGAUUUCUGACACCACUACAGAAAGUGGGUCCUAUUCCUCCAGAUGCAGACAACAAACGAUCAGUGGUCUUUGGCAGUGUCCAGCCCGGGCCAGAGGCACUGCUGGGUGCUCAGGGGUUCGGUGCCGACGACCUCAACGGCCGCGACGUGCUCGAGAUGAAAUCUGCCUGCUGGGCCUGCGAGGGCUGGAUCAGGCAAGAGAUUGAGUGGCCCUACGAUCCUGGAGCUCCUCCCAAAGCGGUUUGGGCUUUCACGGGCUUGGACUCCUUUCGACGCGCCCUGCGGCUGAGACCGGAAGCAGGCCACAGGCCUUGCUUCAAGGCCGCGCGAAUGGUGCCUCCUGGACACAGGCUCCAAGUCAUCUUUCAGGUUGACUCCAAGAUCCAGCUUCUUCCCGGAGCUCGGGACAAGCUGGUGGUGCCUGCAGAGUUAACUCUUCGCAUCUGCCAGGAGUUGCCUGAGCUGGCACCAGAUCCCGAUCAGGUGAUUUGUUCAGAGAGCUCUCCACGCUCCGGUCGGCCAGUUUUCAUCGCCAGCAUGUCCGAAGCGAGUGUGGUCGAGAGGAGGAUGGCCCACGAUGAUGUGACAUCAACUUCUUCGUGCCGAGCAUGCCGAGGGGUGGUCACAGAUGGCCCAGCGGAUGGCGAUGCAGUGCUGCUCCCUCGCGUCACAGAAGCGGAGUUCAAAGCCAAGGCCAAGCGUUCGCCGCCGUUCUGGAGCACCUUCAAGAAGGAGUCUUUGUCUUUGCGCAGGGAAGCACUUCGCACCGACUGGCUUCGGUGCCGACUGGGACACGUUGUUCCAGAUUCUGAGAUUGAGGAUAUCAAGAAGGCUAUGGAACCUCACUAUGGUUGGCUGAUGUGCCUCUACCGCAGGGUCUCGUCCCUUGAUGCGUCUGGGGAGAUUGGUUUCGGCAUCAGCCAGCUACAGGCCGGUGAGCUGAUGUCCGGCUGUGGAAUCUGCGAUGGCACCACGACCAAGGUGGCGGACAUAGAUCGGUUCUUCAUUGCGGCCAAGGUCACACCCGCUGAGAUGAAGAAGACGAUGGCAAUUGUCAAUGACAAGACCCUCGUGCGCUACGAGUUUCUGGAGUUCCUUUUGCGUGUGGCUAACCAUCACUUUUUCAAGUCUGGAGCUGCGACUUCCAUGGCCGAGGCCAUUGCACUCUUGCUCCAGACAUUGGAAGCAGAGGGCAGGAAGAUGGAAAAGGAAGUGACCGACUUCCUGGAAGCGCUAUGGGUGGAGGCGGUGGAUGACCUGUACAAGAAGCACGUGGACAUGCUGGGCGCCGUGUACAAGCGGUUCUACGGAUCAAAGACGCCCCCGGGCAAGCCGAAGUUCAUGGCACUCGGAGAGUUCCAGUCUCUGAUGGAGGUGGCCGACGUGCAUGCCACAGGCUUUCAAGCGAGACAGUCAGCGCUGGCUUUUCGGAUGGGCAUGAUGUCGCAGCCUGACGAGACUGGCUCCUCUCGAUUUCAAGAGAUGUCGUUCCUGGAGUUUCAGAUGGCACUUGGUGCAGUUGCGUUCCUUAUGGCUGAAGGCAAGGCAGCUCAGACGCUGUCGAACCUCAAACGUCUUUUUGGAUUGUUGUCGGCCGUCUUCAAGGGCAAGGACAAAGCAAAGAGGUGA